UACGAAUGUGAGAUUUGUGGUGGGGAAUCGUAUCGGGGCCGACGCAAUUUCGAGUUACACUUUGCCGACCAAAAACACGCGUUGGGAAUGAAGAGUUUGGGUAUACCGAAUACGAAACACUUUCAUGGUGUGACGAAGAUUGACGACGCUCGAGACUUGUGGAAGUCGUUGCAAGGCAAACUGGAAAAGGAACAGUUUGAUGGGUCAAGGGAGGAAGAAUACGAAGACUCACACGGAAACGUCAUGUCUCGGAAAACUUAUGAAGAUUUGGGUCGGCAAGGUCUCUUAUAA